AUGAAGAUGCUCCCUGCAUCCGGCCUUGCUAUUCUCCUUAUCACUGUUUUGAAGGUUUCCACUGCAGCCCCCACCCUAUUUGCAGCCACCUCUAGGACCUCAAAGGACAACUACCACCUUGCCCAGGCAUAUCUUGACAAGUAUUACAGAAAGAAAGGAAAACCCCAGAUUGGUGAAAUGGUUGCAAGAGGAGGCAAUUCCAUGGUAGGGAAGAUUAAGGAGCUGCAAGCAUUCUUUGGCCUCCAAGUCAUGGAGAAGUUAGACCAAUUGACCAUGAACGUGAUCAAGAGGCCUCACUGUGGAGUUCCUCACGUGGCCAACUAUCACCUCUUCCCAGGUGAGCCCAAAUGGAAAAAAAACACUUUGAUGUACAGAAUCUCCAAAUACACAUCUUCCAUGAGUUCAGCUGAUGUGGACAAAGCAGUAGAGAUGGCCUUGCAGGCCUGGAGCAGAGCCAUCCCUCUGAGCUUUGUAAAAGUAAACUUGGGAGAAGCAGAUAUAAUGAUCUCUUUUGAAACUGGAGAUCAUGGGGAUUCCUAUCCAUUCGAUGGUCCUCAAGGGACUCUGACCCAUGCAUUUGCACCUGGAGAAGGCCUGGGAGGUGAUACACAUUUUGACAAUGCCAAGAAGUGGACUAUGGGAAUGAAUGGCUUCAAUUUAUUCACUGUUGCUGCUCAUGAACUUGGUCAUGCAUUGGGCCUGGCCCAUUCCACAGAUCCCUCAGCACUGAUGUAUCCAACUUAUAAGUACCAGCAUCCCUAUGGAUUCCACCUCCCCAAGGAUGAUGUGAAAGGGAUCCAGACAUUGUAUUCUCCCCUUUGAAUCUUAAGACUUUGGAAAACACUCCCAGGAAAGCCUUCUGUGCCCCAUGCCCCUCCGCAUAAUCCAUCACACCCUGACUUCUGUGACUCCAGCUUGUCCUUUGAUGCUGAGACAAUGCUGGGAAAGGAGUUACUUUUCAUCAAGGACAGGAUUUUCUGGCAGCGGCAAGUACACUUGGUGGCAGGAAUCAGGCCCAGCACUAUUACCAGCUCCUUCCCCCAACUUAUGUCCAAUGUGGAUGCAGCUUAAGAAGUGGCUGAGAGGGGCACCGCUUACUUCUUCAAAGGUCCCCAGUACUAGCUAACAAAAGGAUUCCAAAUACAAGGUCCUCCUCGCAGUAUUUAUGACAUUGGGUUCCCAAGGUUCAUGCAGCAAAUAGAUGCUGCUCUCUAUCUCAAAGAAGCCCAGAAGACCCUUUUCUUUGUGGGAGAUGAAUACUACAGCUAUGAUGAAAGGAAAAAGAGAAUGGAAAAAGACUAUCCAAAGAAUACUGAAGAAGAAUUUUCUGGAGUAAAUGGCCAAAUAGAUGCUGCUGUGGAAUUAAAUGGCUACAUUUACUUCUUUUCAGGACCAAAAACACACAAGUAUGACACAGAGAAGGAAGAUGUGGUUAGCGUAACGAAAUCAAGUUCCUGGAUUGGUUGCUAA